UGCACCCCCACCUACACUACCCCCUCCAACCUGCUAUAGGGAAUUUAUACAUGGUACUGUCCAUGUGUUUGUGUCUCUGUUCAGUCAGAGCCGCCCUAACCCCACCCCCAAAUAAAAUGUCCAGGAUUACCUCACUUAUUUCUUGGAAUAGGAUGGAAGAUAAUAUAUAUGAAAAAACUGAAACGAAUACUAAAACUAAGCAUUCAGAAAAAACGACAGCUAAUAAAAACUAUCAAACCUGCUCUAAAAACUAAUUAAAACUGACUGAAUUAGAGAAAAAAAAGUCAAAACUAAAUAAAACUAUGAUUAAAAAUCCAAAACUUCAUGUAGAAAUAGUUCCUCUCUUUGUAUCAAACAGAAGUGGGAAACAGAGCUUGGGGAAGAAAUAACUGAAGAGGAAUGGUCUACCAUGUAUGAAACGCUGUGCACAUCCACUAACUCCAGGACAUGGAGAGAAUUCAAAUGGAAAAAUUUAAUCCGAUAUUUCAUUACUCCUGAAAUCAGGAGGGGAGUGGUACCAAUCCAGCAACCGUGCUGGAGAUCAUGCGGACUCAUAGAUGUAGACCAUACGCAUAUAUUUUGGACUUGCCAAAAGAGAAAACCGUAUUGGGACAAAAUAUGGCAGACCUUUAAAAAAUAAUAGGAUGUGAAAUACCCAAAUCUUGUAAGGUACUGUACUUUGGAGUUUUGACGGGUGAGGUAGUACGAAAAGAGGAUCAGUACCUAAUUAAAAAUAUUAUCUGCAAGUAAAAAGUCCAUCACAAGAUUGUGGUCCAAACUAACAGCCCUGACCAUGGACCAGUGGACGUGCACUGUGGAGGAGAUCUAUGUUAAAGAGAGACUGACACAAACUGAGACCGCAAGAGUCCCAACUGGAUAACAAGUGGGAAAAAUGAACAAAUUAUAGAAGGCAGGAAGAGGACGCCAUCACCAUGUCUUCUACUACCAGACAUCAAGGACAUGAUGAUUCAUCGCAAGGUUGAAUACUCAACAGUGUGUCAACGCUCUAACAGCCUGCUGUCUGUGGUCCACAUCACUGAUGAUGGAAUGGAGUUCACUGAACCUCUGGAGAUCACAGACACUCAUGUGGUCAUCAACGUCCAACAUCUGUCCCUGUUUGGCCUCGUCUGGGAGGCUUUCAGAGGCUUUUAUCAGUACAUCAGAUCAGUCAGUGGCCAAGUUCUGCUGUUCCUCACACCACCAAACCCAAGAACACAGAGACAGAAACUAGAGAUGCUACUACUGCCAAUCAAUGUCCCAGUCAAAGAUGUAAAGGCUUAUGUAAAAGAAAUUGAACAGAAUGCCGUAUACAUCAGUGUACCUGCCACAUGUGACCUCAUAACCAAAGAAAAAUACUGUGUGGACUGUCCUGAAGCUGAACUGAUACAGCCGGAGGCAAGCAAGUUUGACCUGAACUUUGGACCAAAUUAUCACACGAUGUUUGAGAUCCGUCUUCCAACAAACGCAGAACGAGUGACUUUAACGAUCCGACACCAAGGAAACGCCGAGGUCUGGAGGCAUGAAGUAGAUCUGACUGAUCCUGCUUUAACUGGAGGAGGUGGACUGAGGACUCAGCGGAACAUCUCACCACAGCAGACGUUGUCUUCGGUUCGGCCUGAAUUUGUGGAUCGUGUGACGGAUCCUGUUCUGAACCAGCUGUUGGACCGACUUUUACACCAGAUGUUUAUUAAUGACAGAGAGUAUGAGUGUGUAAAAACGAAAGGCCGAGCCCAUAAGGCUGCAGAUGUGAUCGACACGGUGCGACGCAAAGGACCAGCAGCGGCAUCAUUUCUGAUAUCAGCCUUAUGUGAACUGGACUGCAACCUGUCCAGAACCCUGGACCUGGACCUGAGUCCUGAUCCACAUUAGACUGAUGCACAAAUGAAAGGAUUAUCCUGAUACUCUGGGCGAUAAACCACAUCCCUGUUGUAUCAUGAUCAACAGACACACAACUGGAAAUAGUAUAAAUGUAGAAAUAGUAUAAAUAGUAUAAAUAGUAUGAAUAGCUUUUUUGACAACUGUAAAUAGUGUAAAUAGUAUAAAUAGCUUUUUGGAUUUGUCUUUAUUUAUUUUUCUUCUGCUCUUGUGCUUUUUGUGCUUUGCUGCUGUAACCUGGAGUUUCCCCUGGUGGGACAAAUAAAAGCUUAUAUUUCUGA